AGGGCACACCCUUAGCACAAUGGUUUUUCGUGAUCGAGUUGUGCAUGAAGUGCCCAAGACGAAGAAUCUAGUUUUUGAAGGAAGUUUGAGGAAUAUGGAAGUGUUCACCACCAUGCUGAAGGCCGUCCGCGGACUGGAGUCGUUGUUGGUGAUUGGGAAAGCAGAUGAGCUGGUUCUGCGUUUGUGCGAUUCGUCGACGUCCCAGGUGGAGCAAGUGAUCAAGAAGGAGUCGUUCGUCAAUUUUUCAAUCACGAAAGACACGUCAGCACCCGAAUUGGGCAAAGAUGAGCUCAUGACGUUUUCUUGUAAAACAUCUGAAUUGCUGACGUUGCUCACGAUGCUGGACAACAGUGGAAAUUAUCUUUUCGACAUCCGUUAUGAAGGCUGGGGGGAAGAUAUCACUUUUGCGGUCGGAGAUGAAAAGGUGGCGUUGACGACCACAUUACGCACAACAGAUCCCUCUUCGUUCGGGCGGGUGGCAUUUGACCCGAUCUCGGGCGAGACGAACACCCUCGUGAUGCGGUCUGAGGUCAUCGGAGAAGUGAUUCGGUGGAUGGACUAUUGCGUCGACCGCUUCGAAAGCUUCAAGCUCGACGUGAAAGUCUCGGAGAAACCCAGCAUAGUUUUCCUCGUCAAGGCUGAACGAGAAGCUUACUCAUUCGAGUUUGACAACGACACGUCAAUGUUCGAGAGGUUCGAAGUUACGAAAGCGGCCAGAGGAGUGUUCAGUUAUACGGUUUUCAAGAAGAGUUUCCGUCUCUUGAAGCGUUCAAAACUGUGUGAAUUACGAAUCGACAAGAAUGGUGUCAUGUUGCUCAAGUUUCUCUUGUCCCUCGAGCUUUCACCUGCGGACGAUGAUGUUUAUAUAUCUUUUUACUGUCAAUCUGUGUUUGGUUCUGAAUCUUCGGAUGAAGACGCGUGAGCUUCGCCGCUGUCUCGUUUUGUGAACAUGUAUACUGUAUAUACUGUAUAUGUAUAUAUUUUUCUACCUUGCAAUUUUUUAACGAAUAAUUUUUAUUUUGGUCUCACUUCUUCUUUGGACAGCUUUAGCUGUUCAAGGGGGAAUGCAAAGGAGAUGUAUGGCAUGGAUCUGUGUUGUUCUGCUGUUACCUUGCAUUUUCUUGAAGACAUUAGAUUUCCACCUGCUUGCAGUUUUCCAGUUAUUGCGUUUUUCGAAUGUGGAUUGGUGCAUCCAUCCAGUUAGUUUUAUAAAUUUUUCAGAACUUCUGUUCCUUGACCAUGCCAAAUUUGAAAUGAACGUUCUGUGCAAUAAAUUAUUUAUUCCUUAUUUUGCUUUUGGUCUUCAAUCUCUUCUCACUGCUGCUGCUGCUCUUGUACAUCAAACAAUGCCCUUCCAUUUGAAAGCAAGAAAAAAUCGUUGGUGGUCUGUGUGCCAAGCUACCUAUAUCCUUUUCUCAACUCAAUGACAGGUAAUAUCAACCCUUUCUACUCCCUUCAAUAUUAUACCGUGUUCAACUUGUCCUCCUUCGAAUGCGUAUGUGGCACAUAAACAAUACUGUAUUUGCUGUUCAUGAGAAUUUUUCUGAAUGAGCCCCUCGUCUGACGGGAUUCUGUGGCUGUUUGUCUCGAUUCUGAUGAUGAAAUUUGUUGGGAGGGCGAUACUAUCUUCAGACUUGCACAGGAGGGCGAAUUUAGGGAAUUUUCGAUAAUGAGAUCAGUGCUGUGGUGAAAUUGUGGGAUUCUCGGAAAACCCCGGCAUUCGAGGGGUCAUGGGAUUUUUUUUAUUGUACUGCUUGCUACCUGGCUAAGCAUAAUUUGGUGUACUCCAAGGGCAGUGCACUUCAUUGCUCUUGUAAUGAUUUGAGUUGGUUUUCUGCGGGGUUCUAUGCUUAGUGUUGAACUAUAAGUGAGGAUCGUUCCAGUAUUUUGAAUUUGAAAAUGUUUCCCCAGAGUGGGAUUCCACCGUGUGAAAUCAUCAGACAGUCGUGAUUUGAGAGAUGAAAAUGCUCCUAUGAUUUUUUUAGAUCAAGAUGAAAUGGGGGGGCUUGUUGUGGAAGUCUGAAGAUAAUAUGCGACGGAUUCGUAUUAAAUGAUUUCUUCGAUAACGGUGAUCAUAACGUGGUCAUCCAGUUUCGGAGUUCAUCAAAGGAUAAGGGGUGCAGCGAAUUUUCGGCGGUACUCUCGCAUGCAUAGCAAUUGCUCCACAUCUUCUAGAAAACUGCUGAACGCGGAUUUGUGCUAUGUUUUAUUUUUUUUUUUUCUGCUUGGUGUUGAAAUGAAGUGAUGAACGAAACCGUGGCCAUUGUUCAGAAGUUAUUUCCCCG